UUUAAUAAAUUCUUUGACAACUAUACUAAUAAAAGUAAACAAACAAUUUUCCAAACCAAUAGGAUAUGCUACAUGGUAUAUUUACUUACAAAGGUGGUAGAUGAGGAGCAUUUCAACAGCAACAAUAUCAAAAUUAUGUAUGACAUUUGCUGUCAGUUGCACAAGCACUUGAGGAACAAUAAUAGAUCAGAUAUUAUGAGUAGAGUUGACCUGGCAUGCCCACAGUUUCAUGCCUAUGCACAUGGAGCAGAUUGUCAGAUGCGUUACAGUCCUCGACGUUUGCCUGGCUGGGGAUUGUGCGAUGGAGAAGUGAUGGAGAGGCUCUGGUCAUAUCUUGGUAAAUUCAAAAAGAUGACCAAAGAAAUGUCAAGCAUACAUCGUCAAGAUAUUCUGACAGAUGCGCUCCAUUUCUAUUCCCUACACCAAAAGAGCAAUUUAGUAACAAUGAUUCUGCAUCGACACAAAAAUGCUUUGAAAGUUCAGYUGGAGGCAAUGGAAACCACAAAGGAGAUCCAACAAGAUUAUAGCUUUAUAGCUUCCUCAGAGGUGAUACAGCAGUGGUUAGAGGAAGAAAAGAUGAUUCUAGUGAAAAAAGAUGCUCCAAAGAUUACAUUCCAAGGACAUGAAUGGAUGGUCGAGUAUUUCCUGUUGUUACGCAAAUUUUAUGCUUUAAGGGAAAAUGUUAUUCUGCUUCAGGAUGAUGAAUCCUGCGACAAUCAAAUGAAAAAGCUAGUAGACCAACUGCUCACUAUUGAAAAGAGGCAUAAAAUCCCCACGAGAUGGAAAUCAUCAGAUCAAGAGUUCCAGAAUACACUUGUUGCUCAUGAAGCAGCAUCUGCAAAAACUAAUCUUGAGCUGCUUCUCAUGAGCGGCCGUAGGAGAUGGUUUCUCUUGAGCCUAGUGAAGAAAUAUGCAGAUGGGCAAGCCCAGGCUUAUCGCAUCUUGAAGGCUGUCACUAAUGAGACCAAGAAGCUGAAAAAUCUUCUCAAGAAAUAUAAUGCAUCUGUAMAGAUACUGAAGGAACAUGGACGUUCUGUUAGCACUCUUUCUUGGGAGGAAGUGACAAAUGUUGYCAGYUCCUCCUUAUACAGUGGUUUAGCCAAUAUUGGGGACCACAAACUUGUGCCAGAUGCCAUAAAGAGGGAAGUUGUUGAUGCGUACAAUCUUUGCCAAAGGGCUGGUGAAGAACUGGRUAUUUUGUACCAAGAAAUGUCCAGAGUCAUUGUCUUUUUUUAUGAAGACUGCAAGUUAUUGGAAAGAAAAAUUGCAGAAGUAACACUUUUAAAUGGCUCUUGCAGUGGUCUUCAUUUAGGUGYUAGAAGUGUUCUCUUAACCAAAUUAGCUUUCUGCCAACAACAUCUGCUGUUUGCAGUUGAAUCAUUUAAAACCUUUGUAGCAAUUCCAACAGAUAUUGAUGAUUACCUSAAAAUUAAUAGUGAUUCUAUUAACAUUUCUUGUUGUGAGACAAGUGAGAAUGAUGAAUUUGAUUUACUGGAAGAUGUGAUUUCACCUGAGGAAAUAUUUAAAAUUGACAAUAAUAAUGAAAAGGAUGAUUACCUCUUUGGUGGUGAUGAAGACAGUGGAUUUGGAUCUACUUGCAUGUGA